AUGAGGUCACAGGCUAGAGGAAACUGGCCUUUGCUCUUCAGCCAAGAGUCAGCAAUCUGUGGCAGUGUGGAGGUAGGGGCAGCUACACCCAUUCUGUGCAGCAGACAGUGCACAUUGCUGGCCUCGCUACUCUUGCCUGCAACACCACUAUCAGAUGGUCAGCAGCAGGGACAUGGGACCUUCCCUUACCUCAGGUCACCUAUUGAUGCUGGCAGCCAACUUCUAUCUUGGACUGCACCUGUUGCUGUUGUUUUUUUGCCAUGUCCCCACUUUAAUGCUACAGCCUUUGCCAAAGAUUUCUGGAAAUCAACCUUUGGUGAGGCACUGAGAAUUCUCCUUUGA